AUGAAGACCUCCAACAUAUUCUGGCUGGCGGCAGCGGUGCCCCUCGUGGCGGCAGUGAAGUGCGAGACGUUCAGCACCAAGUGCGCCGCACUCGCCAGCAAGAUCUCGCUGCCCAAUACCACCAUCUGGUUCGCAGAGGCGGUCGCGGCGGGCACCAACAUCAGCCUGCCCUACAACCCUCCCGACUGCGGCCCGUCGUUCCAGGUUGCGCCGGCUGAGGUCUGCCGCGUCUCGCUGCUCCAGGAGACUUCAGAACGAUCCAACGUCAGCUACGAGGUCUGGUUGCCGUCCAACUGGACCGGCGGCCGGUUCCUGAGCGCCGGCAAUGGCGGUCUUGGUGGCUGCAUCGGGUACGACACACUGGCCUAUGGCACGACCAGGGGCUUCGCCGUCGUCGCUGGAAACAACGGCCACAACGGUACCUCGGGAGAAGCGUUUGGCUAUGACAAGGGAGUCAUCGAGGACUUCUCCUGGCGCUCCGUCCAUGGCGGUGUCGUGCUUGGGAAGCAGCUCGUUGCCGACUUCUACGGCCGCCCGCACGCCAAGAGUUACUACCUUGGCUGCUCCACCGGCGGCCGACAGGGAUUUAAGAUGGCGCAGGAUUUCCCCGAGGACUUUGACGGCAUCGUCGCCGGCGCCCCCGCCUUCUCCUUCAACAACCUGACCUCCUGGUCCGGCUACUUCUACACCGUCGCCGGCAGGCCUGGCUCGCCCGAGUUCCUGACCUUUGACCAGUGGGGCGCCGUGCACGCCGACAUCGUCGCGACCUGCGACGGCCUCGACGGGGCGGCCGACGGCAUCCUCGAGGACCCGGACCAGUGCAUCUACCGCCCGGAGAACCUCAUCUGCGGCUCGCCCCGGGCCAACCCGGCGACCUGCCUGACGGGCCGACAGGCCGAGACGGUGCGCAAGGUCUUCAGCCCCAUCCACGGGCUGAGCGGCAACCUCGUGUACCCGCAGCUGCAGUACGGCGCCGACUUCCCGGCCUUUGCGGGCAUCUACCUGACGGGCCAGCCCUUCAUCUACUCGGAGCAGUGGUUCAAGUACGCCGUGUACCGGGGCACCAACGUGACCUUCGACCCGGCCCAGCUGGGCCCGCGCGACUACGAGGCCUCCGAGGCGGCCGACUUCACGGGCAUCUCGACGUGGAAGGGCGACCUGUCGGCCGUGCGCGACCGCGGCGCCAAGAUCCUGCACUACCACGGCCUGCAGGACCCGCUCAUCACGAGCACCAUCAGCGCGCGCUACUACGACCACGUCGCCCGCACCAUGGGCGCCGCCACGGGAGAGCUGGACAGGUUCUACCGCUACUUCCGCGUCUCGGGCUUGGCCCACUGCACUGGAGGCACCGGCGCGAGCGACAUACUCAACGGCGCGGGCCCGAGCACGGGCCCGGACGAGAACGUGCUGUGGGCCACCGUGCGCUGGGUCGAGGAGGGCGUCGCGCCCGACACCAUCACGGGCAGCGCCGUCACCAACGGCGCCGUGGACUACAAGCGCAGGCACUGCAGGUACCCGCUGCGCAACGUGUUCAAGGGCGGCGCUGGAGGGAACUUCAAGAACCCGGACAACUGGUCCUGCGAGCUGAAGAUCCAGGCCUCUCUCGCAGAGCGGACGGGAACUUCACAUCGCCCUCAGCCCAGCAGAAGAAGCUUGAGCAGGCAGGCGCAACCUCCAAGUGGUCGGCACCUAAGGGCCAUCAGUCUCUGGGAAAAGCGGGAGGGCCAAGCCCAGAGCUCCGACGUGCUCUGCUGCCCGCGGCACUUGGCCCAGGCGUGUUGCAGGGCGGCGCCGCCCGGUCUUGAGUGGCAUCGUGCCUUCCUCAACCUCUAUUCAAACCACGGGAAACGCCGCACCCCGUCGAGGCCGCAGCCAGCCGGAGCAAAGUGGCCUGAUCUUUCGAGCCCUGGGAACCAACAAGGUGCCCUCGAUCUCUUCCGGAGCGUUCUAUUCACAUCUAUAUCCAUGUCUAGGCCCACAGCGCCGGCCGCCAAGGUGCUGCUCCUCGGAGCUUCUGGCCCGUUCGCCACGCGUCUUUCGCAAGGCCGUCCGGCGACCGCUUCCGCCAAACCAAAAAGACGAAGUCUGCGGGCCCGAGUCGGUCAACGCGCGCGAGUGGAUGCGCAUCUGCUCUUGCUCAACACGCGGGAGUGGAUGCGCAUCUGCUUCGAGCUGCUCGACAUGCUCAAGGCGCACAAGAAGGGCAUCCGACGGGCGGCCAACAACACCUUCAGCUUCAUCGCCAAGGCCAUCGGUUCCGCAGGACGUGCUGGCGACGCUGCUCAACAACCUGCGAUCCCCACAGACGGUGGUCACAUCAGACCGAGACUCCUAGAAAUGGGCGAGCACACAACACUCUUCGACGAGGGCCCCACGGACCGUCGAGACUAGCUACGAGAGCUCCUGAUGAGAGAAAGGGAGCGGGAGAAGGGGAAUGAAGCGCCGGGUCAGGAUGUCGACAUGAAGGACGCACCCGUCAAUUUGAGCUCAUAAUUCUGAUGUUUCUAGCCAUUCAUAGAAAGACUGCUGCCUUGCUCCCACACCAUUCUACAACGGAGUUUCUUGCUCAGUGAAGCAGUUUCAGAGUACCUAGCAUCUCGACCAUUUUGUCCUUCAACACAAAUUCAAGUGCGGGAAUCGUACGGGAGUAUAGGAGUUUCAGUGCUGGCUGCAAUCUCGGCGAGUCUGGCUGGGUUUGGGGGACUUGCGAUCUCACUUAUUGGAAGACUAGUCACCGUACUUAAUCUGAGCAUAGCUAGGCUCUUCACUUUCCUUGACA